GACGCGGCAAUGAAUAUACUAAUUAAUAAAUCUUCAAAAUCACUAAAUUGCGCAUUAAUUAAUGUUUUUUAAUUAUAAAAACCAUCCAUUUAAGGCCAUCCUAACCCAAUAGCUCGCUCACUGGAUUCUGGAACUCAAACUAGCUCCGAUCCAGAAAAAUCUUAACAAGUUGCAAUCUUUUGAGACGGAUUCUUUCACGCAAUCCCUUAUCUUCUGGUGAAUGCGAGUAAGGUUUCAUUGACUCGAGGAACAUGGCGAUGGGGAAGUAUUCUCGUGUAGACGGGAAGAAAUCAUCGAGCUAUGGAUUAACCAUUACCAUUGUUUUAGUUGUUUCUCUCUGUUUAGUUGGGACGUGGAUGUUCACGUCUUCUUGGUCUGCCUCUGAUGACUAUUCCUCUACUGAUACUGCUAAAGACGCCGAUUCUGUUACUAAGAACGUUGCUGAAGACAAGAAGGAGGACAACAAGGCUGUGACUGAGAAUAGCGAAGUGAAGACUGAUCCUGAAAAAUCUUUCGAUGAAAGCUCCGGGGAGAAAACCGAGGCUGUUGAUGAAAGAAAGGAGAAUGAUGACAGCGAUGGAGAUGGAGGGAAAGAGAAGAUUGUGAAAGAAGUGGAAUCCGAAAGUGAUGAAUCAAAGGAGAAGGUUGUGAAAGAAGCAGAGUCUGAAAGUGAUGAGACAAAGGAGAAAGAGAAAACUCAGCUGGAAGAGAGCAAAGAAGAAAACAAAUCUGAGGAUGGGAAUGGAACCGAUGAGAAAACGGAAGAGAAUGCUAGUGAAACCGAAGAAAGCACGGAGAAGAGUAACAACAAGGAAGUCUUUCCAGCUGGUGACCAGGCUGAGAUCACAAAAGAGACAAGCACUAAAGAUGGAUCUUGGUCAACCCAAUUGGUUGAGUCACAGAACGAGAAGAAAGCACAAGAGUCUUCGACAGCUAAAGACCAAAGUGGCUAUGAAUGGAAGACGUGCAAUGUGACUGCUGGACCAGACUACAUCCCUUGCCUUGACAACUUGCAAGUUAUCAAAAAGCUUCAGUCUACAAUGCAUUAUGAGCACCGCGAGCGUCAUUGUCCUGAGGAAUCUCCACGUUGCCUUGUGUCUCUCCCUGAUGGGUAUAAGCGUUCCAUCAAGUGGCCAAACAGCAGGGAAAAGAUCUGGUACAACAAUGUUCCACACACCAAGCUUGCAGCAAUCAAGGGACACCAAAAUUGGGUGAAGAUGAGUGGUGAACAUCUCACAUUCCCUGGUGGUGGUACUCAGUUUGUGAACGGUGCUCUUCACUACAUUGAUUUCAUCCAAGAGUCAUAUCCUGCUAUUGCGUGGGGAAACAGAACCCGUGUUAUAUUGGAUGUUGGAUGUGGAGUUGCUAGCUUUGGGGGUUUCCUUUUCGAAAGAGACGUACUUGCUUUGUCAUUUGCUCCAAAGGAUGAGCACGAGGCGCAAGUGCAAUUCGCGCUGGAACGUGGUAUUCCUGCGAUGUUGAAUGUUAUGGGAACCAAAAGAUUACCCUUCCCUGGUUCUGCUUUUGACCUUAUCCAUUGUGCUCGUUGUAGAGUCCCUUGGCAUAUUGAAGGUGGUAAGCUUCUUUUGGAAUUGAAUCGUGCUUUGAGACCGGGUGGUUUCUUUGUCUGGUCAGCCACUCCAGUCUACAGGAAGAACGAGGAAGAUUCUGGUAUAUGGAAAGCAAUGUCUGAGCUUACAAAGGCAAUGUGUUGGAAGCUGGUGACUAUUAAGAAAGACAAAUUGAAUGAGGUUGGUGCUGCCAUAUAUCAAAAGCCAACUACGAAUGACUGUUACAACAAAAGACCUCAAAAUGAUCCACCUCUCUGCAAGGAUUCCGAUGAUCAAAAUGCAGCUUGGAACGUUCCACUUGAGGCAUGUAUGCAUAAAGUGACAGAGGAUUCAUCAAAGCGAGGAGCCUCCUGGCCCAACAUGUGGCCAGAGAGACUUGAGACUGCACCUGAGUGGUUGGAUUCACAGGAAGGUGUUUAUGGUAAACCUGCACCAGAAGAUUUCACAGCGGACCAAGAGAAGUGGAAGACCAUUGUCUCAAAGUCAUACAUUGAUGGCAUGGGGAUCGAUUGGUCUAACGUGAGAAACGUGAUGGACAUGAGGGCUGUCUAUGGAGGAUUCGCUGCUGCAUUGAAGGAUCUGAAGUUAUGGGUGAUGAACGUCGUUCCUGUGGACGCUCCUGACACACUUCCAGUCAUAUAUGAACGUGGUUUGUUUGGAAUCUAUCAUGACUGGUGUGAAUCAUUCAACACUUAUCCCAGAACUUAUGACCUUCUCCAUGCUGAUCAUCUGUUCUCCACCCUGAGGAAGAGGUGCAAUUUGGAGUCAGUAAUGGCUGAAGUUGAUCGGAUUCUGAGGCCAGAGGGGACUUUCAUCAUAAGAGACGACAUGGAAACAAUAGGGGAAAUUGAGAAAAUGGUGAAAUCCAUGAAAUGGGAGGUAAAGACUACACAGUCUAAAGACAAUGAAGGCUUGCUUUCGAUUAAGAAGUCAUGGUGGCGUCCUACACAAACUGAGACAAUCAAAUCCGCAAUAGCUUAA